CAAAGUACCCCCUCGCUUUCUGCUUCAAAUUGAAGCUGUCUUUUUUUUUUUUCCACCCUCCUUCGUUCUUCAAACAUAUAAUAGAGAGAAUACAUGCUUCCUUCACUCUAGGGUUCCAUCCGUACUGUUCCUGGGAGUUUUUGAACUUUUGGACUUGUAAAUUUCUAGGGUUUAUCACUCUUUGAAAUCUCUCUCUCCAUGGCGGCGGAGAAGCUUAGGGAUUUGAGCCAGCCUAUUGAUGUUGCCUUGCUUGAUGCCACUGUUGCCGCUUUCUAUGGAACUGGAUCUAAGGAAGAGAGAGCUGCAGCAGACCAUAUUUUGCGGGACUUGCAAAAUAUCCCAGAUAUGUGGCUUCAAGUGGUUCACAUUUUGUCGAGCACGCAAAGCCUGAACACCAAGUUUUUUGCUUUGCAGGUUCUAGAAGGUGUUAUAAAGUAUAGAUGGAAUGCAUUACCUGUUGAACAAAGAGAUGGGAUGAAAAAUUACAUUUCUGAAGUUAUUGUAAAGCUUUCUAGUGAUGAAGCAUCACUUAGGCGGGAAAAGCUAUAUGUUAGCAAGCUAAAUAUAACUUUGGUUCAGAUUUUGAAGCAUGAGUGGCCAGCCAGAUGGCGAAGCUUUGUUCCAGAUUUAGUUGCAGCCGCAAAGACAAGUGAGACUAUAUGUGAAAAUUGCAUGGCCAUAUUGAAGCUUCUUAGUGAGGAGGUAUUUGAUUUCUCGAGGGGCGAAAUGACUCAACAGAAAAUUAAAGAGCUUAAACAAUCUUUGAAUAGCGAGUUUCAACUCAUCCAUGAGUUAUGCAUGUAUGUGCUAUCAGCAUCCCAAAGAACCGAGCUUAUCAGGGCUACUCUUGCAACAUUGCAUGCUUUCCUUUCAUGGAUUCCUGUGGGCUAUAUAUUUGAAUCACCAUUGCUGGAAACACUGCUUAAAUUUUUCCCUAUGCCAGCUUAUCGGAAUCCCACUCUUCAGUGCUUAACAGAGGUUGCUGUCCUCAAUUUUGGGGAUUUUUAUAACGUCCAGUAUGUCAAAAUGUACAAUAUAUUCAUGGUGCAGUUGCAGCAACGCCGACAACUGCAUUUCAUUCCCAAGCUUGUCGGCGUCAACAUAGACUCUGAAUUUCCUAUGACAUCCAAAUCAUUGGACAAACUAAAUACUCCUAGCAACACUAAGCAUAAUACUAUUCUUCCUCCCAAUACGAAUAUUCCUGAGGCAUAUGCAAAUGGAAGCAAUGAAGAGCAGGCAUUUAUUCAGAAUUUGGCGCUGUUUUUCACAUCAUUCUUUAAGUCUCACAUACGGGUGCUAGAAACGUCACAAGAAAAUGUAAAUGCCCUCCUACUGGGGCUUGAGUAUCUAAUUAACAUCUCAUAUGUGGAUGACACUGAGGUUUUCAAGGUUUGCUUGGAUUACUGGAAUUCCUUGGUUCUUGAAUUAUUUGAAGCACAUCAUAAUCUAGACAAAUCUGCUAUGACUGCAAGUUUGAUGGGGCUUCAG